AUGAAUGGAGCGGCGGGGAAGGGGGGGAUGGGGGGCGUCACGCAGGGCGCGCUGGCCCUGGUGGGUCCGGCCCUGCUGGUGGGGCUGUUCGCGUGGCUGAUGCUGGUGGACGGAUGGGCGACGGGGUGGCCGCCGACCGGCGCCGAGGACGAGGGAGAAGGCGCCGCGUGGAGUCAGAAAGUGAGGAGGCUGCCGCGCGAUCUGCUGCUGCUGGCCCUGCUGGCUGUGCUUUACCUGCGCUCCAGAGUGGGAGGGCAGGGCUGGGCAGGCUUGGGGCCCGGUGGGGACACGGGUGCUUCAACAGGUCCACCAAGUCGAAGGAGCCUGUCACGCGAUUUUGAGGAUUUGACAGAAGAGGAAAUCAGGAGCGUAAAACAUCUCUCUUCUGGCAACGAUUGUGUCAGCGCUCUGCAGUUGUGCAACGCAAACCAUGCAAGCCGGUUGAGGGAAGCUGUGCCCAACGUCUUCUUGCUCCACCUCGGCCAGCUGCUGGGCGAGAAGUCAGCCACCAAGGCGCUGCAGUUGCUAGCAAGGGGUGGGGAGGUGGGUCAGCCAUGUGCACUGUUCGGCGAGCUGCAGGAGAAGGGCCCAUGGGAGAGUGGGUGGAGCAGACCAGUAGUGAAGUCCCAGCGGGGCAUCACCUUCGAGACGACCAAGCGGCGCUGGAGGAAUGGGCUGUAUUUGUACAAGACGACAACUAUUCUUGAGGACUGCUCACCUGCCAAGUUUCGAGCUUUCAACAUGGACACAGCGAGUCGGAAGACCUGGGACUGGUCGAUGGAGUCAUGGCAGAGAAUCGAGGAGCCACUGGAUGACGACCCAAAUGCUGACUCAUGCUUCUACCUUCACGAAGCUCGGAUGCCCGGCCCCAUUUGCAACAGGGUGUACGGCUGUGCACGCCGGGUCUGGGACAACUCGGAUGGGGGCUGCUACUGGAUCACAAAGUCAGCAGUUCAUCCCAGCAUUCCCAACACAAAGCCAGGCACAGUGAGGGUGGACGAAUACACAUCUGGAUCUGUCAUUCGGGGUGCCAGGAGCCGUCAGGGGCUGAGCACGCCUGCUGUGGAGCUGUCCUCAGUCUACUUCGACGACCCCAAGAUGCGCCCGUUGGCUUUCAACCUCGCGAUGAAGAGCGCACUGUGGGUCGCCAUGCAGGCCACUGAGCGCGCCUUCCGACAGUGGCUGGAGAACAACGACGUUGCCACAGAGCAGGAGCUGCGGACGCCAGGACACCCUGUGCGUGGGCUGCCAGAGAGCGCGCGAAACGCAGGCAGACGGCGUAAGGGGCGCUGGCGCAAGGUCGUGAGGGGGGUGAUUUUCGGGGGCGUCGCCUUUGUGUUGCACAAAGUCGUCAAGUAG